AUGGCAGCUUCAGCACAACACGCUUCUAAAUUUACACGUUAUUUACAUUCUGAAACAGGACCUAAAACGGUUCACUUUUGGGCCCCAGUAUUAAAGUGGUGCUUGGUUAUUGCUGGGUUCAAUGAUUUACAAAGACCUGUUGAAAAGAUCAGUGGUACUCAACAAGUUGCAUUAUUUGCUACUGGUGCUAUAUGGACUAGAUGGGCAGGAUUUGUUAUCAAACCUCGUAACUUUUUAUUAGCAAGUGUUAACUUCUUUUUAGGAGGUGUUGCCGGGUACCAAAUCUACAGACUUGCCGACUAUAGAGUAAAGGCUGGAGAUUCACCAGCACAAGUUUUCAAUUAUAUUGUAAGUGGAUCCAGUGAUACUCCCGAACCAGCUACAAAUACGGAACCAACGACAAAAUAA